CUGCAACCUUUUCUUCGUGGCAUUAUAUUUAACAACUCUGCAGGAGAAACAGUGAGUUUCAAUGGUAAAAAUGAAAUGGAAGGUGCAUUUGACAUAAUGAACAUAGUCACAUUCCCAAACAAGUCUUUCCUUCGAGUGAAAGUUGGACAGGUGGACAAUGACGCUCUUGAAGCAAGAAGAAUCAUCAUUCAUGAGGACAUGAUUAAAUGGCACAAGGGUUUCAACCAG